AUGUUCUCCAGACAUAUACGGCCAGCACCACGAUUGGCCAGGACCUUGGCCAAGAUUACGUUUCCAGAGGCCCAGGCCCAGCCCAAACCCAAGCUCAGCGAGUUCAAGAACCCGUUGCUUCACACCUUUCUCGUGGCCUCUUCCACAUGUCUAGUGCUCCACGCAGUGUGGUUGAGAUUGGAGUAUGAAGUCGAGGAGAAGAAGUUGGCAGAGAAGACCAAGCAGUUGGAGGACUCGAUCCAGGACCUCUUGGACGAGAAACGGGUGGAAAUCGAGAGAAGCAACAAGAGAUGGUACCACUACUUGUGGAAGUGA